AUACUUUGGUUUUCAGGUUGGUAUAGAUCUAACAGAUAUGGAAAUACAUUUGGAUUUGUAUAAUUUUGAAACAAGUGAUGCUGAGGGUUCAAGAUAUGUGUUAACAAGUCCACGUUCAUUGGACGCAUGCUCAAGGUUAAACAUUCGUCCUAUUCAACUGCUGCACAAAACACAUGCUGAUUUUGCUGAGGAAAAUGCUGGGAAAUCAUCAGAAUUUAUUAAGAUACUUUAUAAUGACUGGGAGGAGAAACGAAUUGCCAAGCUUAACAAAUGCAGGAAAGUUCGAGAGACCAUAAUCAUGGAACAGAAAGUAUUAAGAAAAAAUCAAACAACUGAACGUCAGAGGCAAAAGAGUAAAACAGAUACAAAUAAAACUGUCAUGGAUUCAAAGAAAAAAAGAGAAAAAGAAUCCAGCACUAUUGUGCCAUCCCCAUCAACAGCCCGUCCAAAACACAUUCGAACUCCAAAAACAAGAGACAUUCCUGAUAAGAAAACUACAUCCACAUAUCAUGCAGAGACCACAGCACCUGUAAUUGCUACACAUUCCCCCUCUCCCACACCAGCUGAUGAUACAAUGCUGCAUGCAUCAGCUUUGCAAACACUUGAAGAUCCAGCCACACCAAGAUCAGAGCGACCGUCGAGAUUAAAUGCAAUCAUUCUUUCCAACAGAUCACGCAGUAGAAGUGUGGAUGGUCACAACAGGCCUCCCAGAAGUGAACGAAGUAGUUUCAGUCUCAGAUCAUCUUCAGUAUUCGGAAAUUCAUCUAAACUUGCCAGUGGUUACAUAACCCCACAAAUUCAAAGAGACAAGCGGCUUGUGGAAGUGAUGAAGGAUCGGAGGAGGAGAGAGGAAGGAGAGGAAAAGCUGAGACUCGCAAAGUGGAUGGAGUGGAACAAUCAGAUGAAGAAGACUACCGAGAUCAAAAGAAAGGAAGAGUUACAGCGGCAAAAGGAGCUUGCAACUUCCCAUCAACGUUGGGAGAAGAAGAUACAAAAAGAAUUAACCAAGAAAAGAAAGGAAGCUCAGAUGUUGGAGCAAGAUUUAAUGAAACAGCAAAAGCAAACAGAGUCAAUUCUAAAAAUGAACAAAGAAAAACAGGAAAAAAUGCGUUUGCAACAAAUAGAAGAUCGUAAAAUUGCAGCAAUGGAAAGGAAGCAGCAGCAGGAAAAAUCAUUGAACUGUGUGAACCAAGAAAUAAUGGCAUUCCAAGAAGCCACUGACCAUGACAUUAGGGAUAGAUUGACCAGAGCUGAAAAGGUGAAGCUGGAAAAUGAAAUGAAAGAAUUGGAAAAAAUAAAACUAAUGAACAAGCGACAAAGAGAAAGAUUUCAUGUCCUCCAGGAACAACUGAGGAGGAAGAAUCAACAUGAGGAAGAAAUAAGAAGAGAAACCAUGAAUCAGAAGCUUUCCAUUGCUAAGCAAAACCAUCAUAAAAAGGUGAUGGAAAGAGAAAAUACGGUGAAGAUGCAUGGGAAAGAAAUGAUGCAAAAGAUCCAACAAACCAGAGAGAAUCAAAGGAAACUUGACAAAGAAAUGGAGGAACAUCUGAAUGAUAUUGCCCAACAUAAAAAACAACUAUUAUUGCGAGCUACGAAUACAGCGUUAAAAAACACGAUGAAUAAAUCUGUUCGAGCGCAAGCGAUGCGGGAGGAAUCUGAGAAAGGAUGGAGGAGGAAACACACGGAGGUCCAGGAGCGUGAUCAACAAGUGAUACAGAGAACGAAGGAGGAUUUGGAAGCAAAGGAAAACCGAGUGAAAACUCAUCUUCAGCUGAAGGAAGCUGCUUUUGAAUUUUCUCGUUUUCAAGCUAAGAUCAAUGAAGCAGAAAGAGAAAUUGUGAAGCGAAAAUCUUCCAACUUUUCCCAGAUGGCCCAACAAGCACAACUGACUGCGAACAUUGGGAAAGGUCCAAGAUCUUCAUUUGUUAAUUACUCUACUGUAAAGCUAGGUUAAUUCUAACUAGGCUUAAUUAGAAUUUCAAACAUAAUAGUGGUGAAAAUUGGUAAAGAUUUAAUAGUACUAGUCUACUAUUUUCCAUAAAUAUUGAGGGUCCAACGAAUUCCGUUGCAGUAUUAGGACGUAUGUUAUAAUUGCACCAUUCUUCACUGUAUAAGAAUUUAUAUUUUAUAUAUAUAUUCGUUUUUGUACUUGUACUGUAUAAUCCAUUGCAAUGUUUGCUUUUUAGUUUUAGUAAACUGACAUACUGUGGUA